AUGGCAGGGUACCUGGGACUAAAUGGCUUCUCUCUCUCUAGGCAACAAGCUAAGGAGCUGUCUCCUGCUGUGAGUGGCUUGUGGAGUUUGUGUGCUCUGACUCUCAGUGAGAACAUGCUGCAAGAACUGCCACAGAUGCUGACUCUGGAUGCUUCUUCCAUGAACUACCCAUCACCUGACAUUUGCAGUGCAAGUACAGAGUCCAUCCAGCAGUUCUUCUGUAAAGAAAGUUCGUACUGUGGAAUUGUGUACUACCCUCCCCUGCAGUAUGUGCUCCUCAUGCUGGAGAGUGCUCGAGGAGGAACAUCAGUGGAUGAGGCAGAUAGGACAGCGCAUAAAUACUUGGAGGAGGAGAGUAAGUGGCAGGCAGAAACAAAGUUCGGUCAUUCUGAAAUCCUUGGAGAAGGAAGGAGGUUUCAUAUCUGCCAGCCUUCAGCUGUGCCUUGGGACGUGCGUCAGGGCUGUUCGCCCUUGUUCGGCAGCAGAUUCCUCCAUUCCUGGGUUCCCCGUUACCCCCUUUUUCUCUCGUUUGUGUUAAGAUCGCAGAGCUCCCUGGCAACUAUGUCUUCUUGCAGCCUAGCUGAGAAGGAUCAGAAGUUCCAGCAAAUCCUGGCUUGGCAGCAGCUGGAUCAGAGCAAGGCCGUUAGUCAGAUCUUGCGGGAAGUAAGCAAGGGAGCAAGCUGCAUGCAGGAGGGGACCGAGGGAAAGCAGCAGCACGUGAAAGGCUUGAGAGCGGCUGGGCCAGGGGCACGCACCGGAGUGAUGGUGGCAGGGCCCAGCUGCACUAAAAACCUGCAGGAACAGCCCUCACUAAGCAGGAUGUUGUCUCUCCCUUACAGUGUGAUGCAGAAAGCUGUCUUUGAAGUUCUGCAAGCAGAGAAAGAUCUUAUGCACAGGCAGAUCAGGAACCAGAUUAAGUUAAUAGAAACAGAAUUGCUGAGGCCGACGCAGCGGGAGUGAAGGAGGCAAGAACAGGACGCAGAGGCGCUGCAGGAAGUGAUCACAGAGCAAUGCCAAGCGCUUGAUUACUUGCUGCAGCAGCUGCUCAAAGGAAAGAAGCAAAGGGAAGAAGUGGUGCAACAAGUGCUGGUGAUGAGGCGCCCUAAUUAUGCUGUACCACUUGCUGUUUUAUCGCAGACCGUUGAACAACUGAGUUUGUUUUUCAGCUGGAAAUGGAGGCAAAGAGUGGAAACCAAACAGGAGAACUACUGGCUGAUCCCGGAACGGUCUCAUCUAAAUGCAGAAAUCUCUUUCAGUUCACGUUCUAAAAUACUGUGCUGGGGAUUGUGCGCUAUUAAAAUAGCUGCAGGGAUGGUCUUAAAGAGACUGAGUCGAGCUCUGUCCAUUUUGCCCGUCAGCUUGAGUUUGCAAAGCAGAUGCUGUUACGGCCAUCAGCUGAUAAAAUGCUUACACUUCAUUCUUCCAAAAACCACAGCAUUUUGGGUUGUGCUCGUAAAACAUCUGAGUCUAAAGUUCCUCCAGCUGUUGGGUUUUUCAACUUCCGUGACUUUGGGGAAGCAAAAUGCUUUGAGCAGGGCUGUGACCUUGAGAGCAGGGACAGCACAUGGUCUGUCCUUGCUGCCAGCUUUGCGUAGCUAUGAGCUGGCCUGCAGCAUGUCCCCGCACCUUUCCUCAAGCGCCAAAGCUGGGAGCUUGCCUUGUGUUUUACGGGAAGAGGGCUCUGAGAGGCAGCUAGUGAACCUUUUAAUCGAGCUGUCAGCUGAACGGUAUGUACCGCACCGUUGAAUAUCCCUGCGAGUGCUCAGUACCAUGACUGCCAAUGACCUUGAAAAGGUGACCCUUGUCUCCUCCAGCUCCUCCUUCUCCUUCUCUUGUGCUGUGUUGGGCUAUGGUGGUGCCAGGAGUGUUAUGGGACAGUCACCUUCUCCAUGUCCUCUUCCCUCCGCCUUUUUCCCAUGGGCCCAGGUGGUUUUCCUGCCACGUGGCCACAUGUGCUGCUACCAGACCUGCUGUGAGUGCAAAUGCACCUGCCCCCUGUGCCGCAGGGACAUCACGCGGCGUGUCCGCCUCUUCCACAGUGGCAAGGCAGGAUGGAGGCUCCUUGGAGCGGGGCAGGGCCUGGCUGCCUGGUGCUGCGUUCACCACCCCUUCCCAGGGCGCUGCUCUCGCUCGCUGAAGAGCCACUCACGCCGCGUGACCAGCGCUGCUCUCCCGCUGCGCGGGGCACCAGGGCUGACUGCUGGCUGCAGCCAGGCGCCGCAGGAGCCCUCUACGUUCCCUGAUGGCUUCCCAGGCUUUGCCUUGUGCUCCCUCUACGUCUAUGUCUCCCCCUCCUAAAUGCUUGGCCAGGAUCCUCUUGCGUGGGAGCGCUGGGUGAUGGGACUGGGCAAACUUGUGCCUCUCUGGCUAAUAUGCUUGCCUUCAGCGAUCCCUCUCGCUCAGCAGGGACAGCUAGCGCCG